UUGGUUGACUCUGUUUGGCGCCAAAGCGAGGAGGAGAGGCUGAUCGCUGUGGGGCUCUGAACAAUAGAAGUGCCGCGGGCGAGAGCGAAGCGGCCGUUUUGUCGUGACUUGGCAGUUGACGGGACCGCGGGACUCGGGAGCGUCCGUCAUGUUCUGCGAGAAAGCAAUGGAGCUUGUCCGCGAGUUACGCCGCGCGCCGGAAGGGCAGCUGCCGGCCUUCAACGAGGAUGGACUCAGACAAGUUCUGGAGGAGAUGAAAGCUUUGUAUGAACAAAACCAGUCUGAUGUGAAUGAAGCAAAAUCAGCUGGACGAGGUGAUUUGAUCCCAACUAUCAAAUUUCGGCAUUGUUCUUUGCUAAGAAAUCGACGCUGCACUGUAGCAUACUUGUAUGACCGGUUGCUUCGGAUUAGAGCACUCAGGUGGGAAUAUGGCAGUGUCUUGCCAAAUACUUUGAGAUUCCACAUGUCUGCUGAAGAAAUGGAGUGGUUCAACCAUUAUAAAAAAUCUCUUGCUACUUACAUGAGGUCACUGGGAGGUGAUGAAGGCUUGGACAUCACGCAGGAUAUGAAACCUCCCAAAAGCCUUUAUAUUGAAGUACGGUGUUUAAAAGACUACGGAGAAUUUGAAGUUGAUGAUGGCACUUCAGUUCUGCUUAAAAAAAAUAGUCAGCACUUUUUGCCUCGGUGGAAGUGUGAGCAGUUAAUCAGACAAGGGGUCCUAGAGCAUGUGCUGUCCUGACUGCGUCCCGUGAUGACAACCGCAGGGCUCUGCAAGCUCUGCCAGGGGUGAAGCUGAGUCUAACUCAUGUAAACUUCCUCACUGGAUCUCCCCUCCUUCUUUGAUUUAAAUUUACAGACAUGCUCGAAGAUAACCAAGAAGGGUGCUUGGGGUGUAGCUCAGUGGUACAGCACUUUCUUAGCAUUUGAGAAACCCUGAGUUUCAUCCCUAGCACCUCCAAAGACAAGACAACAAAAAUCAAAGAACAGACUAGACCAGGAGCACUUGGGGAGGAGUAUACUCUGCCAACUGUUAAGCCUUUGUUACAAACUAUAUCUCUAGUCAUUCCAUUCCCACAGUAAAUGCUGUACUUUUAUAAACAAAAA